CUGGGCCUUCAGUUUCCACGAAGGUGGUCAAGCACGAGGUGCUCUCUUCGACGCUGGAUGCAAAGAUCGAUCUCGACGUAGUGGUGAUUACGCGCCCGCUGCAAUCAAUUAACGAUCUUUAGAAAAAUAACCCCGGAGUGCCCUUCGACCUCAAAAUGGCGAAGCUUCUGCAAAUCGUGUACGAUAGCUAUCGGGACCUGAUGGACAACAAGAGCGAUCCGAGGGUGAACGAUUGGCCUAUGAUGAGCGGCCCGACGCCCACCCUGCUCAUAUGCUUGUCCUACGUUUACUUCGUCAAAGUGCUAGGCCCCAAGCUGAUGGAGAACCGCAAACCUUUCGAUCUCAAGAACACCAUGAUUGUUUACAACAUCAUCCAAGUGGUCUUCUCCACGUGGCUCUUCACCGAGUCCGUGGUGGCUGGAUGGGGAGGCCAUUAUUCGUUACGUUGCCAACCAGUGGACUACUCGAACAACCCACUGGCGGUACGAAUGGCUCACGCUUGCUGGUGGUACUACUUCUCCAAGUUCACCGAGUUCAUGGACACGAUCUUCUUUGUCUUGAGGAAGAAAAACGAUCACAUCAGCACACUCCACGUGAUUCAUCACGGUUGCAUGCCGAUAUCCGUCUGGUUCGGCGUCAAGUUCACUCCCGGCGGUCACGGCACGUUCUUCGGGCUCCUGAACACGUUCGUGCACAUAGUGAUGUACUCUUACUACCUCCUGGCCGCACUCGGGCCGAAGAUCCAGCCGUACCUGUGGUGGAAGAAGUACCUGACGACUCUGCAGAUGGUCCAGUUCGUCCUGGUGAUAAUCCACGCGUUCCAGCUGUUGUUCAUCGACUGCAACUACCCGAAGGCGUUCGUCUGGUGGAUCGGUUCUCACGCCAUCAUGUUCUACUACCUGUUCCGGAACUUCUACGUGAAGACGUACAAGAGGAGGAAAUCGUCCAUGGCGUUGAAGAGGAAGAUAUCGGAGAGCUACGAGAACGGAGUGAAGGAUCGCAAGGAACCGUCGACGCAGAACGAGGGAAAAGAGAACGGCGUGAUGUACGCGAACCAGUACAAAAUGGCGACCGGAUACAUAUCGGACAACGGCCUGCGGAACCGUGUGUUUAUCGAUAAUCGAGGCUUCAAGGAACAAGACACGUUGAAACCGUGAACAUCGCUUACGAACAAAGACGAUCAGGCUGAACAGUGUUCUGGACUCGCUCGUUGAUCCCCGUUUACGUCAGUCGGGCUAAAUUUUUAUGCGUUUCGACGAACACGUCGAUCGACGAGCGAGAAUCGAAUCAGCCGGCUCGUUUGCCCCCAUUGUUAUUCUGCACGCAGGAUAUGUGCGUAUGAAAUUACUAUUUUCACGCUUUCUGUGCGUGCGUGUGUACAUGUUUGGUUGUAUGUUCCAGUGUAGUUUAUAUAUGUACAAAGAAAUGCAUGAUAGGGUAAGGAGAUCAGGGAUGGACAAAAUUAUCGAAAUCUGUUCGUUGAUCGUUGAAUAAAAUUAAAAUUGUUGAUUAUAAAAGGGAAGGUGGGUAUUUAUAUGUUUAGUUUCGAUGGUUAUAUAAUUUUGUCCAACUUUGGUUGUCGUCGACGUCGAGUUGAGGCUCUUUCAAACUAAUUCACGGUAUCUGGCGACCACGAUAUUUAAUUGCACUCGUUUGCACUUCGUCUGGUUGGUGUGGCCAUUGUGGAUCCUUCGAUGGGCCUGAAAAAAAAAUGAUUUUGAGUCAGAGAGAAAAAUUGGACCUCCCAGGUAGGAUGGAACUUUCAACCACAUUCAACAGAUAUUCUAAAGAUUAUUUGUUACAAUUUUUCAAAUAAUUUAAUUGUCCUCCGGUCAAUUAUGGCUUCCAGUCGCCAGCUAUUGAUCGUCUCCUCCGAAAAAGCCUCAACCAGCGUCGCGUUAGUUUAGGUGGGUUGCCAGAUGUUAUUUGAAUCUCUGCGCACGAUUCUCCUUAAGUUUGUAUAUUAACGAUAGCCUUUCUCUCUGGAAUCGAGUGCAAAUCGUCGAAUCCGCGGACGCGUGGCGAGCUUUUACGAAUCUUGUCGCUGUUCGCGACGUUCCCAUUGCUCAAAUCGCUUUACGAUCUCCCCCGCGUCGUAAGCUCGCUGCCACGAAACCGGAAGUCCCCGUUCUCCAGCGAUUCGCGUGAGAUCGUAAUCGCGCAAGUCUUAAACCCGAUUCCCACGAAGCAAUCUUAGGGUUAAGAGACACGUGGAUGACGGUUUUUAAUCUAAAGGUGAACUUCGAACAACGGAAAGGAGCACUCCUCGGGAUUUUAUUUAAUUUAUUCGAGAUCAUACUUGACCGCAAGCAUAUUUCGUUAAUUAUUAUGGCACAGCAGUCUUUACCGCGGGUGUCUACGAUAGUCACGCUUUCUUAUGACCGCGUACACGGCCAGUAUUUACAAUCGCCAUCGAAUUUAAUUCGUCGUAUGGUGGAAACGCGUGCAGAACUUUUGUUGCCCAAACCCGAGAAACCGUAGACCCAAUGUGAUGAGAGCUACACUUUUAGCGCGUAGAAUAAGUAAUUUUGUAUAAUACAGACAACUCGUUGCAGACAAAUGAUGUAUUUAUUUUAUGACGAUUAAACUGUACCGUUUUUAAUGAA